CCGACCGACCGACAGGCGGGAGCCGGCGAGGAAGAGAAGGGCGAAGGAAGCCCAGCCAAGCCCGAGGAAGGGGCGGGGGCGGGCGCCUGUAGCUGGUGUUGUGGAAGAUGUCCAACAAUGGACUAGAAGCCGAAGACAAGCCGCCUGCCCCUCCGAUGAGAAACACGAGUACCAUGAUUAGCACCAGCAGCAAAGACGUGGGAGCCUUAAACCACGGCUCUAAGCCUUUGCCUCCCAACCCGGAAGAGAAGAAAAAGAGGGACCGCUUCUACCGUUCCAUCUUGCCCGGCGACAAAACCAGCAAGAAGAAGGAGAAAGAAAGACCAGAAAUUUCCCUUCCUUCAGAUUUUGAACACACGAUUCAUGUUGGAUUCGAUGCUGUCACAGGAGAAUUCACGGGCAUGCCAGAGCAAUGGGCCCGCUUAUUGCAAACCUCCAACAUCACCAAAUCGGAACAGAAGAAGAAUCCCCAAGCAGUGCUCGAUGUGUUAGAAUUCUAUAAUUCUAAGAAGACUUCCAACAGCCAGAAAUAUAUGAGCUUCACAGAUAAAUCUGCAGAAGAUUACAAUUCCUCCAAUACAUUGAAUGUGAAGGCGGUCUCCGAGACCCCCGCUGUUCCUCCUGUUUCAGAAGAUGAGGACGACGAGGAUGAGGCGGCCCCUCCCCCUGUAAUCGCUCCUCGGCCCGAGCACACAAAGUCGAUAUACACCCGGUCUGUGAUAGAGCCUCUUCCCCUGGCCCCCACCAAAGAUGUGGCCACCUCUCCGCUUCCCUCCCCUUCUGAAAACAACACAACACCCCCAGAUACGCUGGUAAAGAGUGCAGAGAAACAAAAGAAGAAACCUAAAAUGACAGAUGAAGAGAUCUUGGAGAAACUGAGAGGUAUAGUCAGCGUGGGGGACCCCAAGAAGAAAUAUACAAGUUUUGAGAAGAUUGGUCAAGGUGCUUCAGGUACUGUUUACACAGCAAUAGAUGUAGCCACAGGGCAGGAGGUGGCGAUCAAACAGAUGAACUUGCAGCAGCAGCCCAAAAAAGAGUUGAUCAUCAAUGAAAUCCUUGUCAUGAGGGAAAACAAGAACCCCAACAUCGUCAACUAUUUGGACAGUUACCUCGUGGGGGAUGAGCUGUGGGUCGUGAUGGAGUAUUUGGCCGGCGGUUCCUUGACGGACGUGGUGACCGAAACCUGCAUGGACGAAGGACAGAUUGCCGCCGUGUGUCGGGAGUGUCUUCAGGCAUUGGAAUUCCUCCAUUCCAACCAGGUCAUUCACCGGGAUAUCAAAAGUGACAAUAUCUUACUAGGAAUGGAUGGCUCUGUCAAGCUAACUGACUUUGGUUUCUGUGCCCAAAUCACUCCCGAGCAGAGCAAACGUAGCACCAUGGUGGGAACGCCGUACUGGAUGGCUCCUGAAGUGGUGACGAGGAAAGCUUACGGGCCCAAGGUGGACAUCUGGUCCUUAGGGAUCAUGGCCAUCGAAAUGAUUGAGGGGGAACCUCCAUACCUCAAUGAGAAUCCCCUGAGGGCUUUGUAUCUCAUUGCUACCAAUGGCACCCCAGAACUGCAGAAUCCAGAGAAACUUUCUGCCAUAUUUAGAGACUUCCUGAAUCACUGCCUUGAGAUGGAUGUGGAAAAGCGGGGCUCAGCAAAAGAACUCCUUCAGCACCAGUUCCUGAAAAUCGCCAAGCCCUUGUCUAGCCUCACUCCUCUGAUUAUUGCGGCCAAAGAGGCAGCCAAGAAUAACCACUGAAGCAUUUCCCAGUGGAUGCGAAUCGUUGUGCCAAGUCCCUUGUGAUUUUAACCUUUUCUUCGGUGAUUUUAGAGAGGCUGGAACCUUUUUUUUUACCGUUUUCCAGAGGACUUUUAAUUGUGCCGUGAUCGGGAUCAUGGAAACAGUUUGUGUCAAAGACUCGAAAAAUGGACACGUGGCGGGGGACGUCCUUCUACAAGUGUGACUUCCUGUUUGAGAUAGAAUUUGUACACUUAAAAAAGUCGUUAAGAGAUUAUUUGGUCCCAGCAGAUGUGCUGCGAAGCCAGUAUGCUGUUUUUUUUUAAAUGUCUUGUUUGAAGAAAUUUGUGGAGAGAGGAGGAAAAUAUGAACCUUUUUCAACCAUGUUUUUACUAAUGAGCUUCUGCUACCUGGGUCCCUCGGGAGCCCUGUUCUUAAACUACUGAAAGUCUGCCACGGUUUGGAUUACUUGAAAGUGAAGCUAGUGAAACAGAACAAAGGGACAACUUUUAUAAUCUGAAGGGCAGUAGAAUUUCUUUGAACCACCAGACGUGUGGACACUGUGCAUGCAGACAGAGAAGGCGCGGAGAUAGUUAGAAUGAGCCCCUCUUCAUUUGUCAGAAGACAUUAAUGAAUGAGCCUAAUGCUGCGUGUUUGAUCGUGUGUGUGUGUAUGUGUGAAAUUAAUUGCCCUGUGAUUAAAUUCACAUUACUGUUUC